GUAAUGACGACACCAGGGGGCUCUGGUGCGGAGGGGAGCGUAACAUUCCAUUGAGAAGAAGAGGGAAAAAUGGCGUCCUCGAAUAAUCCUCGCAAAUUUAGCGAAAAAAUCGCUUUGCAUAAUCAGAAACAGGCGGAGGAGACGGCCGCGUUUGAAGAAGUGAUGAAGGACCUGAACAUCACCAGAGCCGCGCGGUUGCAGUUACAGAAGACCCAGUAUUUGCAACUAGGGCAGAAUCGUGGACAGUACUAUGGAGGCUCACUGCCCAAUGUCAAUCAGAUUGGAAAUGGCAACAUUGACCUGCCUUUUCAGAACUCGGUACUGGAUACCAGUCGUACAACCAGGCACCACGGGUUGGUGGACCGUGUUUAUCGUGACCGGAACCGCAUCACAUCCCCUCACCGCCGCCCACUUUUAGUUGACAAACAUGGCCGCCAAAUUGACAGCUGUCCCUACAGCUCAGUUUAUCUCUCCCCACCACCAGACACAAGCUGGAGAAGGACAAAUUCAGACUCUGCCUUGCACCAGAGCGCCAUGAAUCCAAAGCCCCAGGAGUCGUUUUCCGGGGGGUCACAGGAGCUGCAGCCUAAACGAGUGCUGCUGCUAACUGUUCCUGGAACGGAGAAUUCCGAGUCGGAUGCAGACAGGGAUGCGCAGGAACAGUUGUGGGAUGACAAGAAGGAUGACGGAUCGAAGCCAAACACAUGUGACGUCCCAGGAAUUAACAUAUUUCCAUCACCAGACCAGGAGCUAAACCCAUCUGUGCUCCCUGCUGCACACAACACCGGCGGUUCCCUGCCCGACUUGACCAACAUUCAGUUCCCUCCUCCUCUGUCGACUCCUCUGGACCCGGAUGACACCGUAUCCUUCCCCUCCCUCAGCUCGGCUAACAGCACAGGCAGCCUGACCACCAACCUGACCCACUUGGGGAUCAGUGCUGGCAGCCACGGGAUCUCCACCCCCUCCCAGCCCACCAUGACAGUUUCUGCACAACGCCGGCAGCCACCCGUGAUGCCACUCACCCUGACCUCUGACCUCCAUCUUCAACAGUCCUCGCAGCAGCUCUCGCCCACCCUCUCCUCACCUGUAAACAUCACACAGGCGGUACCAACAGAGUCGUUAACCCUGGAACAGCAGCUUGCCCAGUACCCCCUCCUCAACCAGCUGACCGCUCAGGCCCAGGCUCAGCUCCUCAACGAAAUCCAGAAGCAGCAGGGCAUCCCGCAGGGCAUCCAGCUCAUCACCCUGCCAACCCUCGUUUCCUCUGGUUCAGCCACUGCAAGCAGCCCGUCUCCGGACAGCCAGACCACCGCCAGCAUCACAGUCAGCUCGUACCGCAAUCAGACUGGCUCACCAGCCACUCAGUCUCCAACCUCCCCAGUCUCCAAUCAAGGCUUCUCCCCUGGAGGCUCGCCUCAACACAUUCCUGUGGUGGGCAGUAUUUUCGGAGACUCCUUUUAUGAUCAGCAGCUGGCGUCGAGGCAGACCAACGCUCUUUCUCACCAGUUGGAGCAGUUCAACAUGAUCGAGAGUCCCAUCAGUUCGUCCAGCCUCUUCAACCAGUGCUCCACGCUCAACUACACUCAAGCUGCAAUGAUGGGCCUCACCGGGAGCACCCUUCAAGACUCGCAGCAGCUUGGCUACAGUAGCCAUGGCAACAUCCCCAACAUAAUCCUAACAGUCACAGGAGAGUCUCCUCCAAGCCUCUCCAAAGAGCUCACCAACUCUCUGGCGGGCGUCGGCGACGUCAGCUUCGACGCAGACUCCCAGUUCCCUCUGGACGAGCUGAAGAUCGACCCCCUCACCCUGGACGGACUGCACAUGCUCAAUGAUCCAGACAUGGUACUCACCGACCCCGCCACCGAGGACACAUUCAGGAUGGACAGGCUGUGAGCAAACUGACCGACCGCCGCGUUCUGGAUCAAAGAGGAAACCAUAGCACUAACUUGUUGAUGGGGUGGAACAAAGGGCAGGAUGAACCCUCUCUCUCGUUGCAUGGCUGUCCAAUCUUACCCUCAGCUCUGCGAAGCCCUCUGAAAUGUUGCGUAACCUUAAAGGGAAAGAGGAAAAAGAUGUCAGUGGCUUACAGAGGAAUGACCUUGCCAUCGUUUUGAACAAGACUGGUCGCUCAGCGCUUUUGCUAGCCUACUGUGUUUACAGUGUCCCAUCACGCCCCACAUAUAUUCCAAAAAUGCACAUUUGACAGCUUAUUUAUUUUGUUCAUAUUCCUUUCAUAUCCACUAUUUAUCUUGAUUUGCCUGUAGCAGGAAGCUACAAAGACUCUGGGCUAACCCUGUUAUUAUAAUCAUUGGUAAAAGAAGAAAAAAAAUCCGGUUUUCUUAUGAUCCCGCAUGGAAAACAGUGUUAUCCCAUCGUUUCAUAAUUCUAUUUCACACUCAAAGCUUUAUUUUUUACCAACCAAAUGUUAUUUUCAACUGGUACUGUAUGUUUCAUGUAUUUAUACGUUUUAUUUAUUUGGUUAAAAGAUUUUAUAUUCCAUUUCAUGACCUAAAUUUAAUGCCAAAAUGUUGUCUGUAGGCGUUGUGUAGAAUUGCACUGAUGUGAUUUGCGUGUACUUAUUACUAACAUAUUUAUAUGUGUGCUUAAGCUACUUGGUUAACGAAGGAGUGCAAAACCUCCCCAUAGUUGCUGUUUGGUGUUAGAUGUUACAUUCUCGGACGUCGACAUGCUGCAGGCCAACAGUCCAAACAUCACAAGUUUUAGCUUAACUUCACAUCAAAGAAAGUCGGGCGCUCCAGAAAUGACGCUGGAGGUGAGGUUUUUCUCAGAGAAUCGUCAGGCCUUUUCUACUUCACUAGAACGCAGGAGCGUCAGAAUUCAGUCAGUGAAAUUAACCUAGAGAGACUAUCCUCCUACCUAGUGAAGGAAGGCUUCAAUUUUUAAAGCAGACAACACUAAAACAAGAAAAAAAAAUCUUAAUCUUUUUUAAGUGGUCACUGUGAAAUCACCUGAUUUUGCCUUACAGUAACAUUCUACUCUUCUACUUUCGUGUCUGACGUGACGAUGUAUUUUCGUAACUUAUUGUAACAUUUUCUUGUAUUUGAGAGAAAAAACUUUUUGCUCGGUGACGUUUGUGGUUUUGUUGUUUGACAAAUCAAUGUACUGUAUUUUGUAGCGACACACUUUAUAGCCAAAUUGUUAUUUUUUAAAACUCUAAGAGACGGAACGUAUGGAAGGGUUUCGGAGAAGGAAUGCAAUUAUGGGGAGGCUUUUUGCUCCUUAAGAACAGGGAAUCUCUAACAAAAAGGCAUUUCUCCGUAUCGAUCAGGACAAACCACUCAGAGAAAUCUCUUAAGGAGAUGCAGAUUGUCUUCAGAUUAUAUUAGAAAGUUUAUGAAAUUAAGAGUAUUUUAUUGUCUUUGAUGAGAAAUAUAGAAGCUAAAGCUUCUCUUUAAGAAUUUAAAUGUUUUAAAGAUCCGACUGGUUUAACUCAGUCCAACCUGGAUUUUGUCACCAACCAUCAUCUCUAAUGACUGUUGCCAAAUAUAUCCAGCUUUUAAACAGAAAUUGAACUGUCAGUGCCAAUAAAUCUGCCGCCGUGUUCUUUUUUUUUUGUCAGAGUUUCCCUGAGAGGCUUGUGCAGGCGUGCGAUAUCAUUUCUGGGUGUAUUGUAAUGUUCUGUGUGCUCAUUUUUACUCACCUAAAGCGCUGAUGGGAAGAGAUGAAUGAUGUUGAGUUUACCUCCGCCGUUGGACAGUGCGUUCCAGUUGUUCACCGACUGCUGCAAAAGCUCCAUCAGCAGUUUUGUUUGCCUUUAACACAUCCGUGAUUCCUAUGCAAAAGAAAUUGUGACAAAAAAAAAACACCCUUAAAGGAAAAAUCCAACUCUUUCCACAAUCUCAGCUGGAUUUAUUUUUCUAAAACCGUUUGAUAAUGGAGGCAAUUUUACUGUUAAGACUCAUCUUCACAGUUAGGUUUUCACUUUUGUUACUUUUAUUGCUGCAAAAUCAACAAAAAAAAGCAUAUUUCUCUAAAAUUGAUGACAAAACUUUAAGAAUCUGAGAGAUUUUCUAAUAAAACUCAAUUAGGUUCUCGACUGCAUCAGAUUUUCCCACUUUUUCGAAUCCACUCUCACAACUCGACCAAGUGUUCUGCUGGCGAUAUGACAAUCAAGUAAUUUAGAACAGAAAACACCCACAAAGAAGUAUAAAUCCAGCUUUGCUUUAACAUAUAUUUACUUUCCUGUUUUACCGAAAAACAGUUUCUUCCAUUUUUUUUAACCCAAAGUUGAAGAUGUCAGAUCUGAUUCACUCCAUAAAAAACGAUCCUUCUCCUGAUUCUGAGCUUUUGUAAAUGAUGGAUUUUUCCUUUAAGUCUGAAGUUAAUGUCUACAGAUUCCAUGUUUCCAAAGGUUUACGUCCCUGAAAGUGUUUAGCUUUGUGUUUAGACUUCACCGUUGUGUUGCCAAUAAUGCCAGCAUUUGGAGUUUUCCGGUCAUUUCCUUCCUUUUCAUCCCGCUAAAGACUGGUCACUCUCACUGACUUUUGUACAUAUUAUAGAUGAAACUAAAUGCAUGAUGAAACUGACAGUUCAAACCUCUAAAUGCAAGCCUCCUAUAGCUCCACAGGUUUGAUACGUGUAACAUAACUCUAAUGGGUAAAGGGAAGUCUAAAGGGAUGCAUGAAUGGGUUUCUUCUGUGCAGUGAACUCCAGUUAAAUCUCUCUGUUACCUCCAUCUCUGUACAAUGCUACUUCACGAAUGAUAAAAGAAUGUAAUUUGUGCGACCGCGUUCUGGUUUCGCCUUGUUUUGAGUGUCCCGUCAGUCGUGGGCGGGGCUCUGCUUUUUGUACGGUUGCUUGUUCCGUUCUCUCAUUGUAGCAUCUCUGCAGAGGUUUUUCUUUUCAAAGAGGCCCUCCCCUCGUCACAGCACAAACCUUUCUCGGAAGGGCCCGUCUUGUAACGGUUGCAGACCGGCAUGUGCACUGAUUGUUUGCUUCUGCAGUCGACCGCAUGACCCGAUGGACACACUGAUCUGACUCUUAUCCCCUGUUAUAUACAGGUCUUGUACCUUGCUGUGCUGAAGUGGAGUGUGUUUUAGGACCCAUACGUUUUAUUUUUCCUUCAUCUGAGCUGGAUGAACUGCACCUGUUUUUGUUUUUUCCUUUAGAUUUUUGUGCAAUGUUUAGUCCUGUAGAUGCUUCGCACUUUAUUUGUGACUCCCUGAUCAGGGAAUGUUCUGCCAGGUGUGAACGCCGACUGUUUCACACCACAUAUAUGCUGAAAGAAAAGAGGAAUUCUCUAUUUUAUUUUGUACAUGACACUUUGAUUUUCUUGUUUUUUUUUUUGUUUUUUUUUAAAACAAAAAUGAUUUUAGAGGAUGCAACAUUAGAAAGGGCUUUUCCCGUGCAGCUUUCGCUUUAGUGUUGGGAAGGAAUUUAGGGAGGCAGUUCUAUGGUUCCACAAUCCCCAUUUUUUUAUCUUUAAGUAACCAAUUUUAUGAUUUUUUUCAUCCCUUUAGGAAACAACAGAACAUGUUUUACAUUUCUGAAAAUCUCUCAAUCUGACCUUUUAUUGUGAAAAACCGUCACACGAUCUCAUCAUUUCUUUUAGACGCAUUUUAAGCUUUUCGAGGGGCGGGGCAGUUCCGGAGCAAAUCAAAUUUGAUCCGAUGGAAGUGAUCAAAGAUCCGGGGUAAUUUAGGAAAGCACAGAUGUGUUCUUGAAAAAGCUCAGAAUGCGUCGCCUAAAACCAUAAAACAUGCAGGUGCUGCAAUUGUGUUGUAGCUCAAAUUUUCCAACAAAUCUUCCCGAUUUGAGGAAACCUUUUGUUGGAAAGACUUCUUACAAACUCUAGCGUAGAACCUUCAAAGUUAGAAAAUUGUGACGGAUGUUAGUAAUCUCUUAAAUUGUGACAGGUUUGCUGGCAGCAAAUUUAACUCUGGGAAAUACCAGAUUAGGCAGCUAAAAACAAAACUUUCUUUAAAGUAGGAGAUAGAAGAAGUAAUUUUAACAAGGAAGUGCAUCAUGUUUAAAGUUAUGUUUCAGCCUUAUUGGUGACUGAAAUGUGGAAACAGGCUCCAGCUGCUGGUCCGUUUAAGGAACACGAGACGCACACGUCAUUCUGGAAGUCUGCAACACCAGCUUCUGACUGGUUUUCCGUUUCCUGUACAGCCAGGUUUUGUUGUUCCCGAAUGAGAUGGAGCUGCGUUUUGGCGUAACUGCAGACAGUUUUAGGUGUCAACGACAUGUCCCUUUAAUAACUUGGGAGUUUUCCUAAUGACUCUUGUUUCACUGAAACCUAUUUAAGGCUCUGGAAAUUCAACUUAAAGCUUCUAGUGAGAAUAGCAUUAUGUCACUAUUGUCCUGUAAGUCGUAGUAACAGACUUGUAGUUCUUUAUUUGUUGCCACGUGACUCUCUUUAUGUGAUCAUUUGUUUAUAAGAUGAAAGAAAACUGUCUAAUUAAAUGUGGAAGACAGAUUUUUUUUCUCUGCACAGUCUUGAUUUGCAGAAUAAUGCUUCUUAAAAAAGAAAAAAAAAGGAAUAAAUCUGUCCCUUGUCAUUCGACAUCGCAGCGCGUUGCUGUGAACAUGCAUGAUGUUUCUGCCCUGUUGUAUAUUGUCCUUGCUAUUGUUUCUAUUUUGUAAUCUGUAUUUCCAAAUGCAAACUGAAAAGAUUAUUUUGGAUAUGUGCAUGCUUGUGAAAUGUUCAGAAUGUUGAUUUCCACUAAAAGCUGUUGAGUUUGAAAACAAAAUGAA